AAUUGCUUUUCUCGUUUAACAUAUUUGUACUUAGAAUUAUUUUCAUCGUCAAGAUUAUCUUUUAUUUCUGCCAAAAAUAUUGUUAAAAUGUACGAGUGAAAUCAGAUAAAACUUCUCAAUGGAUUUCUUGUGCUGGUUGGUCUUAUUCGAAACAAUCACAAUUGUCCUUGGCAAAAACGCCUUUCACGGCGAUCGCAAAAGAAACGCAUAUCGACGGCAAAUGAUAAUUCCAAACAAAUUUAUUCCAUUGCUGAAAGAAUCUUCUCUUUUAAAAUCACGAUCAAAAAACGAUGUAUCCGAGUUUCUAAAACCGAAGCUGUUUAAUGAAGAAACUGGUAAAACAAGACAAAGCCUUAUGAAUGCAAUGGGAAUGAAUGAUGGGUCACCUACGAUGGGCCUAGAUAGCAUGUCUAUGGGACAAAUUGCAGGGAUGCCAAACAUGGAAAACAAGUUGCUUUCUUUGGCAGACAAUAAUCGUUUUGGGAAAGUUCCAGAUGGAAUGCCUGGCGCAAUAAAUGAUCAGAUGUCUUCAAUCAAUGGUAUAGGAGGCAUUGAUGGAAUGAAUGGUGGUAUGGAAGGAAUGAAUGGUGGUAUGAUAGGAAUGAGUGGUGGUAUAGAAGGCAUGAAUGGUGGUAUGCAAGGAAUGAAUGGUGGCGGUAUGCAAGGAAUGAAUGGUGGUAUGCAAGGAACGAAUUUUGGAAAUUUACUGAAUGGUUUAAAUGAAAACAAUGCGAUAAACUCCAUGAGUAAUGUUGGUUCUAAUGGUAUGUUGUCAGCUGUCAAUCAACUUCCUUCAGGGGGGGACACACAAUCAUUUGGGCCUGGCGGAUUUGCUAACACAGAUGUUUUGGCGAUGAUGAAUCAAAUUGUCGGUAAAGAAAUGCCGAGUGAUUCUCCUAUAAAUCCUGCCUCUAAAUCGGAACAAUUGUGGAAUGUAUUACAAAAAAGCUUUAAUAAACAUAAAGAGGUCGCACAGUCUAAAACUAAUUCUCAAGCAAGAACUAAUCUUCACUCUGACCAGCAAUUUCCUAUUUCAACAUUUUUACCAACCAACAACCCUUCUUCCUCUCCUAUAACAGCCAAUCCAAAUAUUGAAUCUGUCUUGCAAAACCAGAGGUCCGUCUCACCGAUCUAUAACCUUACCAGGCUGUCUAAAGCUUCUCUCAGCACAAAAGCGACGAACGAAAUUAAGUCAGUCAAUAAGUUCCCUGGCAACAUUCUAAAGAUUGAUUCGUCAACAGCUGAAAAAAACAUCCCUAUGAAUUUAUCAAAUAAGAAUAUCCAAGUAGCAAGCACAACUGUUAAGCCCACGGAAAGUUUUGUUGAUAAAGAUCAACCGCUAUCCGAUGACAUGGUAAAAUUUCUCAAAGGACUAAAAUUUGUCGUUUCUCAAGAGUCUGGUAGUGAUGUUAUAUUGGGAAAAAUGUUGUCCAGUCAUCGAUCUUCUAUUUUGAGAAACGUCAAGGAAGAAAAUGCAGCCAUGAAGAAUUUUGUUUCUUCGUCUAAAAUGAAUCAUCACCUUAUCAAAGAUUCACCUGAGAAUUUAAAGACGAUAAAUGCGUUUUACAAACAAGUCGCGCACAGAGCUCGUCUCCUUAAACGUAUAAUAGAAAAUGAAGAUAAGAAAGAAUAUCUUGAAGCUGCUAACGUUUUGGAGAAAACUGCAAGACUUUUGAAAGAUUCUGUUGCAAAGAAAAGCGCUGAAAUUGCCAUUACAUCCAUUCGAAGAAUUCUUAAAUUGAGAAAUUACGAUCGCAAGCAUCCUGCGAGUGAAAAAAACGUCUUAAACCGAACGAGUGGAAUCCAUAUGACACAUGCUCUUUCUCAGAAGUUUCUCGAGGCGGCUCGAGUGCUUGCUACCGCGAGAAAUGAAUUAACAGAUCCCGUUGCGAAGAAAGUUGCCGAGAUUGGAAUAGCCUGUAUAUUCAAAGUUAUCAUCUUAAAUCAGCGUUUCUCGUCUAAGAAAUAUUCAGUAUCUUUGAACAUUAUAAAAGAUGAUGUUGCAGAUCUGUAUUUGAGGAGCAUUUCUGGACAAUUUAACAGAAAAAAUGUGAUUGCUGCGAGAGAAGUUGCGCAGAAACUUAAAAUCGUAUCUAAUGUUCAGCAUCUAUAAUGACUGAUGCCUUUUUGCAGGAAAUAAAAAGUAUUAUCCAUGCUGUGUCGUAUUAUGGGUCACGUGACAUUUGCCAACGACGUUGUUUACAUGAAAACAUGGGUUUACUUAGCCUGCAAAAAACGUUGAAAAGAAAGGGGAGUCUAUAUCCACCCGUGACUUUUGCAAAUGGAAUUCCGGCCUUCUGUUUGAGAACUGUAAGAGAUUUGUUCAUCAUUUGUUAUUUAACAUACGAAUGCUUGGCAUAAUAUAAUGAGGCUGCGAUCGUCAUUGCUAUGAUAUUUAAACAUUUGCGUAUUAAACUAACGUCGACAAUACUAAGUAAACAAUAAAUAAAUAGAUGUGGGAA